CCGGUAUACAUACAUUUCAUCCACGCCAUUUUAUCUAGAACAGCUUGAAAAUUGUUUGCCAAUAAAAGUAAAAUUUAAUCAGUAAAUUUUGAGUAUUUCAAGGAAAAGAAAUCCAAUGUCCGAUUAUCGAUCGCAGUCACGGGAUGGGCACCGAGAUGGUGGACGUGGCGGUGGAGGCCGAGAUUAUUCCAGUGAUGACGAUCCGCCCAUGUCGCGUCUUUUCAUAAUUUGCAAUAAAGCUCAUACAGAAGAAGAUUUUCGAGAAGCAUUCUCUCCUUAUGGUGAGAUCGAAGAUAUUUGGGUGGUAAAGGACAAGAACUCUGGGGAAAACAAAGGGAUUGCUUAUGUAAAAUUUGCAAAGACAUCUGAUGCGGCUAAAGCGCAAGAAGAGAUGAAUGGCAAGACAAUUGGCAAAAUGGAUCGGACUUUGAAGGUGCUAGUAGCCGCCAACCGAAACCAGGGUUCUAACAAAUCUGAAAAUGAACAGGAAAAGUAUGUUCGCCUGUUCAUUGUUAUAUCGAAAUCAGCUACUGAAGACGAAAUAAGGAACGAAUUUUCCCAAUGGGGUGAUGUGGAAAAUGUAACGAUUGUCAAAGAUAAAUCAACUGGAUCACCCAAAGGAUUUGGAUAUGUCCGAUUUACAAAGUUCUAUCAUGCAGCUGUCGCAUUUGAAAAUUGCCCUCCUAAAUACAAAGCAGUUUUUGCUGAGCCUAAAGGCUCUACACGUUCACAAAGAGACCAGUACGGACGACAAACUGAUGAUAACCCACUGAUAGGCUCGAGUCGUGGUGGUGGGGGAGGCAGUAGUAGUGGCACCUAUAACAAUGGCAACUUUAAUAAUGACUGGAACUGCUCUUUCAACAGUGAUAUGGCAGCAUUCCUGAGAAUGCAAAAUGUUCCCAUGCCACAACCAACCUGUUUAGAAGUGAUCGCUAGUAAUUGUGUUAAUCAGGACCAGUUGUGGCGUUUAUUUGACAUCAUCCCUGGCUUAGAUUAUUGUCAAAUAACGAGAGAAUAUGGCCCAAGAACCAACGAAGCAAUUGUCGUUUAUGAUAAUCCUGAGGCAGCAAUUUAUGCAAAAGAUAAAUUGCAUGGCCUUGAAUAUCCGAUGGGCGAACGAAUCAUCGUUAAAGUGGCGGGGAUGAGUUCAGCUCGAAUGGAUACAUCGUUCAUAGAUAAACGAACUAAAAAAGAUUCAAUAUGUAAUGUACCAUUGCCACCUGCUCAGCCAAUGGCAUCUACUGACACACCAGUGGCACAAAGAUUGUUUAUUGUAUUAGCUGCAAAUCUUCCACAGUCUAUUUUGAAGAAUGUAUUUUCAUGUUGGAAGGGUCUAAUCGAUGUGUACCUACUGCCAAAUAAAAAUUGUGGCUACGUAAAAUAUGCAGAUAGAGACAGCGCACAAAAGGCGAUUCAAGCGUUGAAUGGUGCCGAAAUUUGUGGCACGAAAAUAAAAGUAAUGGAAGCGGAAGAGCGGGGUAAUGGAGAUGGUGAUGACAAUGGAAGGAAACGCCUUCGAAGAAAUUAAACACAUAAACAUAAAGCAAACCAAAUUAAAACCAUAACAAUAACGUUCCAUUACUUAAUAAAAACAAAAGAAAUAUAAUGAAACUAACUGACCGCAGAAAACAUAUACGGAAACGAAACGCAAACGGAGUUAAAACGGAAACUGCUAGAUACAGAAGAACGAAGAUUUUGUAGAGGUGGUAAUAGCAUAUGCAUAAGAAUAUGUAAAGUGCUUCAGCAAUGAACAAACCGCCAACCCAACCGACUCAGACUUUCACAAUCACUCUGUCACAGUCAUAGUCACCACAAUAUGAAUAAAGCUACAUAAUGCCACUUGUAGACAAUGACCAAUUUGAGACAAAGUACCCCAAUACGCAAACGGAGCCAAACGCUAACGGAGCGCAACAGACACUGUAAUGAGCUACAGCUACAGUACAGAGAAAUAAUUGAUAUUAUGAGUGUUAAAUUGAGCAGAGAUUUUACAAGAAAAAAGUUAAACGAAAUUUACGAAAAAUUAAACGUAACUAGAACGAGAACGCGAACCUGAACUAAAACCCAUAUGGACGAAGAUAUGUACGCUAUGCACACGAUGCAAGAACCGAAUUAACUUUUACCACAGCAAACUUUAAUACUCCCUUUCAAAAAUUUACAUAUACCUAAAACCAGAUACUUUUAACACUUAAACAUCUAUCCAUACAUGUACAUGCCUAUUUAGACGUUUACUCAUUAUUUAUUCGUUUAUAGUUCACAGUUUGAAUUAGGAAAAUUUACUUUUUCUAAAUGCAAUCAAACUGUAGUGUAUGUGGGAAAUAUUCAACGGUAUUGCCAACAUAUUUGGCAUUUUAUUAUAUACAUAUGAAAUAUUUUAAAUGCCGAUUAUUAUGAAUAUAUUAAUAUUAUAAAUAUAUUUCACAUA